AUGACCCAACGACGUGAUAGAAAUGGUCGUCGAAAGAGUGACCCUGGUACAGUUACUUAUAGAACAAAUCAAGAAAGAACUAUGGUUGCUGCAGAGCUUCCGUGGGGUGCCCCUAAAGUUGUUCCUCUUUCCCAGAUAGAUUAUAGUAUCCCAACUGGCAUAUUUGCCGGGAAGUCACUCCUUCUUGACUUGUUUAACUUGUUCGAAAGGAAGUUGAGCACAGUAAUCGAUGAAGAACCUAUCGAGAAACUUCUCAAUAAAUCAUUGCAAAGGGGUGGAGAUGCAUACAUGGAUAAUUUGUGCAGAAGCUUAACAGGAGUUUGUGAAUCAAGCUUACCAUCUUUUUUGAAAGCUUUGAUUGACUGGCAUGCACGUACAGAGAGGUCCAUCACUGAAAAAAUCAAUCCAGCAAAUGAAAAUCGAUUCUUACUCAACAAGAAGUUGUUGGCUAUCAAUUAUUUGUUUUGUCUGGUGCUCAUAGAGAUUCUACCAACAUUGGAAUUACAUGGAAACUCCUGCGAAGUGUAUAUUAUGGAGUUGCUUGAUUUAGCUUUCAAACAAGUUCAGUAUAAAGAUCCAACUACUCUUGGAGUUAAUCACACCAACAGCCUCGUUGUUGCUGAAACAUAUGCUGAAGUCAUAGGGAGCUUAUCAGAGUCUCGUUUCUCUUACAUACAUCGAAGAUUUGUGUCUUUCCUGACCGAUUUCCGUAAGGACAAUUCCCCAUCAUCUUCACAUCAGAUUGUUUCUUUGUUGAUGGCGAUGAAAUUCGUCAAAAUCAGGACCACAGUUGUCGAAGACUUUGAAUCUGGCAUUUCAUUUUUAGAUGAUUUGGGUUCUUUGUUCCUUGAAGUGAAAGAUAAGGAUGUGAAACAUGCUGUGGCAGGUUUACUUGUAGAGAUUUUACUUCCCGUCGCUGCACAAAUCAAGCGAGAGACAAACAUCCCUGCUCUCAUCGCCUUUGUUGGCAAGUUAUACAGUCCUACAAAUGAGUUGGUAUCGAAAAAACAACAUAAAUUGGCUGCUUAUCCUCUCUUAACUUGUCUCCUUUGUGUUAGUCAAAGACAGUUCUUUUUAACCAAUUGGGUUCCGUUUUUGAAUAAUGCUCUAGCAAAUCUCAAGAACAGAGAUUCUCGAAUAUCACGAGUAGCACUGGAAUCGUUAUACCGACUUCUUUGGGUUUAUAUGAUUAGAAACAAUAUGGAUAGUAACACAUCCACUCGGACGCGUUUAGAAUCCAUUUGUGGCUCCCUCUUCCCGAAAGGAAACAGAGGAAUCGUUCCUCGUGAUGCUCCACUUAAUAUCUUCGUCAAGAUUAUUCAUUUCAUCGCUCAACAGAAGCUGGACUUCGCUUUCAAGGAUGUCAUCUUCGAUCUUCUGUGUUGCAAUCGAACUCAGAGAUCUCUAUAUCCUGAGAGGAUGAAUAUUGGAAUCAGGGCUGUUAUGGUUAUAGCUGAUGGACUUCUACAAAAAGACGAUCCUCCUGCAAUGCCUAAAUCCAUGGGUCCAUCUGCCUCAGGAACCAUCCAAAGAAUGAAAAAGAAAACCUAUGUUGCCAAACCUUUGACUGUUGAUGUCGCGAGAUCUAUUGGAUUGGAGCAGUAUUACCUUCCAUGUAGAAAAGCGUUUGAUAGUAUUCUGAGAAUUUUAGACGUGCAGGUCGGAAAGCCUCUGAUGCUUACAGCUAUACAGAAAGGAAAAGAGCCUGAAGAACUCCUUGGAGGUGAUGUCAAGCCUAAGUUGGACUUGUUCCGGACUUGUGUUGCUGCUGUGAGACGCCUGUUGCCAGAACCAAUGAGCCAUACAGAACUUAUCGAGAUUUUGACAAGAGUCACUAUUCAUUUAGAUGACGAACUCAGAAACUUGGCAGGGAAUACUCUUCAAACUCUAAUGGACGAGUUCCCCGAAUGGAGGGAACACAUUAUUUCCGCUUUCUUGCAACUUAUCCAUCAGCAUUUAACAGACUUCUAUCCCAAUGUUCUAGAUGAGACGCUCAGACUUCUUCUUCAACUAGUCAGCACAUGGAGGACUGCUGUAUCUACAGGGAAGAAGAAGGACCCUGAGGCUCCACCUGCUCCUGGACAUUUGCGUUCGGCGGACACUGUUACUCCUCCACCAUUGUAUUAUAUAAACUAUACCAAUACUUUACAUUCUAUAGAAGGACUUGCAUUAGUGAUGUUAUGUCAAAUAAGAACUCAGCCCCGAAAAAUAGCCAUUUCUCUACUACGCGAAGUGAAACAGCUUUUUGUGAUACUCAAUAUUGAAAUGAAUGGAACACCGGUGAUAACCGUUCUGGAUGAGGCAACUCCAUAUGUUGUAAAGAAAUAUAUUGAACAUGUUCCUAUGAGUGAAAGAAUGAGUUGGAAUCUUGACUUUGGUUCUGUUUGCGACAAAAUAUCUGUGCUGGAAACAGAUAAUUGCUUGGUUAACAGUGACCGCGGAAACGAGUACCUCCAGUGGGAUCCGUGGGCCUGCGCAUUGGCCGGAUAUACAGAAAAGAAGUAUCUUCUUUCUAGGUGUCCUGCUGCAGUGAAUGCUGCCUGGCCGGGUUUAUUCUCGAGACUCAAUGCUGUUAAUGGAUAUGUUGAUCCUAACAACCCCCAAAAUGAAUCGAGAGCUUCACUUUUGCGGGGAAGUAAAAGUAAGGCUUCAUCCAUAUGUGGAGAGGUUUUGAGCGUUGAUGGAUGUCUUUCUCUGUGGCAGAAAUACCUUUUAAUGUGUUGUGCCUUCGCUCCUGCUUCUAUGACUAUUUCUAGUUUAGCAUCUCGAAGUUUCAGCCCUACGUCCUCAAUGGAAUCCGACGUUCUUCGAAGUGUCUCUUCUUCUAUUCGUGGUUCUCGAGCUCCUAUAGCUUUAUCGCUCUCACAACUCAUAACGAAAGUUGCGGCCAUGCUCAAAUGGGAGAACAUGACAGAUAUCAGGGAUAGUGUUGUGCUAGGAGUUGGAUGUUUGAACCCGUUUGUUUUUGACAAUUUCUUGGAUGAGCUGAAUCAAAGAGGAAUCUUGAGAGAAGCGUUAGAGAAAAAAAUCGAAAACAACGUUCGACGCAAAAAAAGAAAAGACCUCCUUCGAUUACAAUUGGUUCGAUUGUUCGAGGUAGCAGUAAUGAGAGGAUUGCUCCAAUCUGCUCUCAUUGAUUCUACCGGAAGUCUCAACACACUAUUAAUAGAUUUUGUAGAUGCUAUGAGAAUCAAUCUCGAAUCCGAUCAGGAUCGUGACAUGGCUAUUAUCACUUCAUUACGUCUUCACUUUGCGAAAUUAGUUGCUCUUCUGAUCGAUAGCGUUGCUCCAGAAUAUCGUGCAAAUUUGAUACCGGAUGAUAGGAAACAAAGUCUUUUUUAUUUAUUCAUUGGAUGGUGUAGUAGAACAAUUGCUGCUGAGAAAAAAAGCAGAGAGAAGGAUGUUGGAUCAUAUGUUGAGCAGAAAGCCGUUCUUGCCAUGACGCGCUUACUCUGUUGUGGACCUAUAUUUGAAGCAUCUAAGUCCAUUGGUGAAGAUGGAUAUCUCUAUGGAUGGUUAGAGAAACUCGUUGCUAGUCCUAAUCCCACAAUGCAAGUUGAAGUAGAAGAGAUGUUAGCUUGGAUGUUAGAGCUAAAUGAAUCGAGUUUCCUACUAGACUGGUUGAUGCAGCAAUGCUAUUCUCAGCCAUGCUCUGUCGCAGCAAGAUGCUUCUGUGCUCUUGUUCGUGUAUUCAGUAAACGCGACUUCCCAUGUGAAUUCGUUUCACUGUUCGUUCUUUGCCAAACCAUGUGUGGUAAUCCAACGGUGACUGAUGCUGCUGUUCAUAUGAUAGAAAUUUUACGUCGGCAGUUCUUAGAAAACAAUGCUAGUGUUUGCUCUCCAUUGGCUGGCAAUACUUCGUCUCCAACUUCAGUAGUUUUUCGUUCUGUUCCUGAACAGCAAAUGUUGACAUCCAUUGACGGUCAUUGUUAUCCUAUUGAACAGUUAAUCGUAUGCAAGCAGCUCGCGAAACAUUACCCACAUCUUACAAUAACAAUAUUCAGCGAAGUUUCAUGCCGACUUGAUAAUGCUCGUAGUCAAACGCGGUCUUACCUUUUAUCGUUAUUAUUACCUUGGAUUGAGAACUUGGAGUUGGUUGAUCCAGUUGCUGGCGAGGAUGCUUGUGAAGGACCUCGCGGAUGGGGAUCAGAAGAAGCUACUCAAUUGUUGCUUAAUAACCUAAUGUACUUAACAGCUACACUGUUAGUAGAGCAUGAGCAUGAGUUGGCUGAGCUUUGGAGAGCUUUAGCCGUUUCAUUCCCUGCGAAUUUACCAGUUAUACUGAAUUAUUUGUAUGUCAUAACUGUACUCUCCCACGAAGCCCUUCUUCCCCACACAAAAAGAAUUGCUGUGAUGCUAGCUGGAGCUGUUGGGAAUAGAUUGGCUGCUCUUCUAUUAGAACAAUUAACAACGUCAGCUGAUUAUUCAAAACUGACAUUGGAAAGAUCUGAAAUACCGCCGUAUUAUCGCUGGAAAGAAGAAAACGCUGGCGAUAGAAAGCAACUCUCUGCUGAGCGCAAACAAAGUUUGGGCGAUGUAGAUAAUCUCGAAGAAGAGAGUAGGCAAGAAGGAGUUCGUUUACUUCCAAUGCCAGCUUAUGGUGGUCAUUAUUCUCCAUUAUCUGGCUUUUUACCUCCAACAACGCAACCAGUACAGUUCUUCACAAGAAGUCAAGUUGCUCUAAUGUUGAUUUGUGACACUGUAAGAGCUUCAUCAGAUGUGGAUUGGACGGAAGCAACUCCUAGGUUGUUGCAUUCCGGCAUACUAGGGUUGGAUUCAUUACGUCCUGCACUCUGUAGGCAUGCACGCCAAACCAUUAUCAACGUUUGCCUUAUAUAUGCUGAUCAAGCUUGCUUGGCUCAAGUUUCCGCUUUGUUAUUGAAAAACCAGCUUUGUCGAGUUACCGUCGAGCCAUUCCUCUCAGAUGCUUGGCAACUGCGUCGUGGAUCUUCACGAGAUGUGAAUAGAGGAGAAUCCCCAAGUUUCACUAGGGCGACAGAAGAAGAAUAUAGACAGAUGCUACUACAUAGCAAUGCUAUAUUUUCAUGUAAAGCUGAUCUAAUCAAGUCUAUAGUUUUCUGCUUGAGCGAGGACUUGGAUCAACCGUUAUGGCCAAAUGAAGAUGCUACACCUAGGAAUUGGAAAGUGGCUAGCGCCGCACAGCUAACUUAUUUGGUUCGUCAUUUGGCUGAGUUACUGCUCUAUCGCAUGCCUCUCCUACCUGUGGUUUGGACACAAAUAUCAAUGAGGAUGGCUUUGGCUACUCAACAGAGACAUUCGGCUGGAAGAUGUUUCCAGAUUGUUUCAGCUUUAUGCCAGCCUUUGUGUGCCUGGGUACCUUCACUUAUAAGUAGGCUAGUAGAGACUGCCGGGGAAGCUCAUGAAGAUACACAAGCUUAUGUCACGGAUCUUCUUUACUGUAUUCUGAACAGUGCUCCACACCUAAGCCCUGUUGUACCUGAGCCACCUCCUAUACCAUGUGCUUCUCCUACGCAUGCCCGGAGCACGUCUUACACUCCAGCACUUCUGAGACAAUCAGUAAUGAAUCAACGAUUCAAUCCUGAGAAGGAACAGAAAGAUGCUCGCUUCUCUAUGCUUGUCGCUGAAGAGGAACCUUGGGUAGGUGCUGCUUUGAUGCGUUCAAAAUCUGCUGAUCAACUCAAAACGGAUGGAGAAGGAGAUGAGGAAGCCACCGCUAGAAUGCAAAUUUGUGCGGUAGCUGUUUCAUUGUUGGAUUCCGGAAUGGAGAACGAGUUUUUAUUGGCAGUUCAUUUACUUGAAAAGAUUCUGGAUACUGCCGGAGCUCAUAAACUACAAUGUCUGCAAAAAUUAGAGAAAACCAUCGGUCAAUUAGAAUGGAAGAGUUUCCAAGGAAUAGUUCGCCUUGUUGUAAGAGGAAUUGUUAUACCUAAUGCAUAUGAGCCUACUAUACAAGCACUCAUUCGUUUACUUGAUGUACUAGAUGAACCUGUUGUAGGUGGAAGAGAUUCUUUGGGUUUCGUCCUCUGCCACAUUCUUCCAUAUUUAUUGGUUAACUAUGAAGCUCCUACACCGUUAUGUGUAGCAGCUAGUACAGCUAUAAGACAGUAUUGCCUAAAAACAAUAGAUAAUGAAGUUGUUAAAGCUGAUCAUCCCUUCAACCAUCUCGCUACUAUUAUGGCUCAUUAUAAUGCUAAGACGUUCACCAAAGAUAGAUGGCAAUGGACCAAAUGUGUCUUACAGUAUCUUGUAGAAGGAAUUGACAACAGCUAUAUCUCUCCUCAAUUGGUAUUACUAGCUGAAAUGCUUGAACGAGGUCCACAAUCCACAAAUACCUAUGUGUUGCAUAUGAUAUAUCUACUGCUGCUUCAUCGAGACCUUUCUGAUAGUCCAUUGAGCAUUAAUGCACAGGUGAUUCGUGUUGUUGGCAGACAUGUUCAGGGCAGUAACUGGAGAGAAGCUUCGCGAGUUUAUAAAGCAAUCCUCGAGCAAUGGCAUACUACAGAUGGAGAUAAAACUACGGAUGAAAGUAGCUUGAGCUUAACACUUGAUUUGAAUAUGGUUGGCGAAAGAAGAAGUCCACCAAGUCCACGGAAGACAUUAGAUACCACAUUGAAAAGGCAGCCACCUCCACACAUUAGAGUGAGAGACAGGUUGGUUGGUUUGUUAUCAGCUUCCGGUCUACGUGUUGGACUCCCGUCCGCGCAGUCUGUUGUGUUCUCGCAAAGUGAACUGGGAAGCACUGCUUCGUCCACUGAAAGAAUCUGUGCAUCUUCACAGGAAGUUGCUUCAACUGGCUCAUUACCUGAUCCAUCGGCGUCAAUCACAGACUCAUUCCCAAGAGUGUUCAAGGAGUUUGACUUCUUGGAAGCUGAGCAUGACACUGUUUCGGAAACUGCCGAAAGCUGCUUCGGCUGGCUCUCGACAAUGCGUCCCCGUUCUAUCGGGGAGAGCGAGAAGGAUUAUGAUCUUGAUGCUGAUGACGAUGAAGAUUCGGAAUCUGCUCAAGCUAGAUCAGAGGCAGGAGAUAACAAUUCUCGCUUAUCGAGAGCAAGUGAGAACAGCUCUGAAGAACGAACUCCUUGUCCAUCUGAAGGAGAGGAAGAUGAUGAGGAUGAUGAAGCUGAAGAUGGUUUUGAUGAGCUUUCCGCUCGAAUGAACGGCAGUGAACUUCAAGAUAGACUGAGCCCACGGACGUCUUCUUCACGUGAAGGCUUCGAACGAGGCUUCACUAACGAAGAAGUUCCGGAAGUGGAGUCAGUCGAUGGUUCAUCGUUCUGCUGUCGCUCGCAAACUUCAGUCAGUUAUUAUGGCAACAUAGUGCAACAGCAGCCUUUCUUUGUACAAUGUUCACAUCACUGUGAUGGAAAAAUCGAGCAACAAUGGCUCAGCGUAAUGAGUGAGGUUGGAGAUGAUUCUGAUGGAGAAUUAACUGCCCUGGCGACACUUCUUUUAACACAAUUGUUCAGGACGUGUUGCAGUAGUGUGGUAGCUCUUCUUCGAGAUGCUGCUCAUCUUUUUACCUCCCGAACUUUGGCCAGAGCUUUUACAACUUCACAAGAUGUACUUGCCAAAGUUGUGGAUUGUCCAUUCCUCUUUGUAACGCCUCUAUAUGUUCGUGGGAAUAAUCUGCUUCAACGUUUGAAAUGCUCCUUGUAUGAAAUGCGUGAACAUGUAGAAACGUUCAAUGAGCGGAAAGAACAGAGUGUUCGGGUACUCAAUUCAGUUCGCUCAGCAUAUAAACUAACUGCUCUUGGAGGAUCAACAUCAUCACUCAGUGCUCACAGUGAAACUGAUCUGGCUAAGCAUCUAUCUAAGAUGUUCUUCCAAUUGAUGCAAAUGAAUGAUGCUCUUCAUCAGAUGAUACAGCUCAUACAAGAAUCACCUGGAUCUCAUGCUUACUCAUUAUCACCAGCUGUGUUAGAGCAUCAACGUGAGCUUCUGCUAUGUGUAUCAGAUUUACCUACAGCCGAAAUACUGCCAACACGAUCCGAAGUCUCAGGUGAUUCGUUAGUUCUAUUGAUGGCUAAUCGAAAUUAUGCUCAAGCCCUGAUAUCUGUUCGGAUGUUACGGACAACAUUCGGUGGUGAAUUCGGAUGCUGCGAGCAAUCAGACAUCGAUGUGCUACUUCUGCUAUUCUGUCGUAGCCAUACCUUGAAAGCAUGGGCGUUAGCUGGAGCUGCACCAGAUGCUAUGCAACGACAAUCACAAGCAUUGCGUGAAGCAAAUGCUGAUAUGGCAUCUGCUGUCAGACGUGCUGGUAAUGAAGGAAAUUCAGUUCAAGGAACAUCACAACCGCAACGUACAUCAACAGUUAGCUCUUUGAAUGAUUCAUUUGCCAAACUCAGUUACCAUACGGAUAUGUAG